AUGCGACUCGUUAUAAGACAAGACUAUGAUGAAGUAUCUGCCUGGACAGCUCAUUACAUCAAGGAACGCAUCAAUCAAUUUCAGCCUACAGAAAAACGUCCUUUUGUACUCGGUCUUCCGACAGGCUCAUCACCUAUUGGCUGUUACCAUCGUCUAGCAGAGUUUUGUAAAAGUGGCCAACUUAGUUUUCGCAAUGUAGUUACUUUUAAUAUGGAUGAAUGUCAUAUUGAUAUAAAACCCGAGAAUAUCAAUAUGUUGAACGGAAAUGCAGAAGAUCUUGAUGCUGAGUGUCAUCGUUAUGAAGCAGCAAUGGCAGCUCACGGCGGAAUUGAAUUGUUUCUGGGCGGUAUUGGACCAGACGGACACAUUGCAUUUAAUGAGCCUGGAUCGUCGCUGACCUCUCGUACCCGUGUAAAAACUCUCGCAUAUGAAACAAUUAUCGCCAAUACGCGAUUUUUUGAUGGAGAUAUAGACCGAGUGCCCAAAUUAGCCUUGACGGUUGGUGUAGCAACAUUUAUGGAUGCUCGUGAAGUCUGUAUAAUGAUUACAGGAGCACACAAAAGCAUUGCCUUGGCUAAAUGCAUUGAGGAAGGUGUGAAUCAUAUGUGGUCCGUGUCGGCGAUUCAAAUGCAUCCCAAAGGCCUAGUAGUUUGUGAUGAAGAUGCGACGCUUGAACUACACGUCAAGACAGUCAAGUAUUUUAAGUCUAUUGAGCAUGUCCACCAAUCUCUGAUUGGCCAAGAAAACCUUGGCUUGCAGGGCCAGCUAUUGCCGUCCGACAAAGUUCGGUCGCUCGCUCGACUUUCUAAUCACGGCCGGACCCUCGAAAGCGAAGGUGAGCCGGCCAAGAAGAAGACAAGACGCAGCUUGCAAUGA